AAAAAAAAAAAGAAUUUUUUUUUUUUAAGGGAACGAUUGCGUGUUCUUUCAUGCAGUUAAAAAUGUCGUCUUCACGACAAAUUUGUUCACGUAAUGGAUGUAGAAAGGUAGCUUACGUUGAGUCAAAUGGUUUCAUUCAUCCCUAUUGCGGUAGAACAUGCGCAUUUGAAGUUCUCAACAAUCCACCACCGACUCCAAGAUGUAAGAAUCCGGUUUGUUCGCGACAGAGAUAUAUUGAUCCAAGUGGAAUCCAAUAUGAUUAUUGUGGAAAAAAUUGUGCUAGACAACAUUUAAAUCCAAAAGCACUUAAUUGUUCUCGGCCUAACUGUCAAAAACGCGUCUAUACAGAUCCUCAAGACAAAAAGAAAUUUUAUUCUUAUUGUUCCUCGGCUUGUUAUUGGUCAGAAUGUUCAACAUUAACCGCAACUCAAUUAAGUUUAUUAAACAAAAAUGAUUUAGAUUAUAUUUGGGCUCAUCAAAGAUUUAUUUCAAUGUUACCUAACGCUAAAAUUAAAGGAAUCUUUCGUCUUCAAAUGCCAAAAAAAUUGGUUGACGCUCAUCAAAAGCUUAAGAAACGAAUGGCUAACCAAAAUCGUUUAUCAUUGAAUGCCAUCACUCAAAAAAUGUAUCAUGGUACUAGAGCGCUUUGUGAUCCUUUGCAGUAUAUUAAACAACCUUCACCAACAUGUACGGUCGGUUGCGGGUUGUGUGGAAUUGUUUCUGGAGGCAAUGAUACUGCUUGCUCAAGACAUAGUAAUCAAAUGUGGUUUGCAAACAACCCUUCAGUUUCUUAUGGGUAUUGUGAUCAUCCAAACAAGGUUAUUUUUAUGGUGGAUGUCUUGUCGGUAAAUAGUCUACCUAUAUUGAUUGUGGACAAAAAUGCGCUUACUCUACCACGUUUUCUCAUUAUUUUUCAAUGAAAGAUUGGGGAGUAUUUUUUUUUUUUUU